AAGGCACAGGGAUUGGUUUGUUGAAGCAGGUUAUACAGGAAGUAAUUAAUUGGCAAACAGUUGCUGCCAACAUUCCCUAUUCAAGAUGGAGCCUUUGAAAGUUUUGCUACUCCUGCUGCACUGCAAGUUCACUGUUGCCACCACAGGUCACUUUUGGCAUGUCACAGACCUCCACUGGGAUCCUGAGUAUACCAUGACAACAGAUCCUCUCAAGGUGUGUCCAUCUGCUGGAUCCCAGCCAGUAUCCAGUGCUGGGAUGUGGGGAAAUUACCUGUGUGAUUCUCCCUGGAGUCUCAUAAACUCCUCCAUUUAUGCCAUGAAGAACAUUCUGCCUGCUCCAGAUUUCAUCCUUUGGACUGGUGAUGAUACACCUCAUGUCCCCAAUGAGAGACUCGGAGAAGAAGUGGUGCUGGAAAUAAUUGGAAAUCUGACUGCUCUGAUAAAACAUGUAUUUCCAGACACUAAAGUCUAUUCUGCAAUGGGCAAUCAUGACUUCCACCCCAAGAACCAGUUCCCAGGGGAGAGGCACAGGAUCUACACCAAAACAGCUGAACUGUGGCACUCCUGGCUCAGCAAAGCUUCCCUUUCAACGUUCAUAGCAGGUGCUUUCUACAGUGAAAAGCUGGUAAGCCCAAAUUCAGCAGGGCGAAUUAUUGUCCUCAACACUAAUCUGUACUACACCCAGAACAGUCAGACUGCUGGUAUGGAAGACCCAGGGGGGCAGUUCCAAUGGCUGGAAGAUACACUGAAUAAUGCCUCAAAAGCAGGAGAAGUGGUCUAUAUUGUGGGGCAUGUUCCACCUGGCAUCUUUGAGAAGAAGCGAAGCAAGCCCUGGUUCCAAAAGCAGUUUAAUGAGCGCUAUGUGGAGAUCGUGCAGAAGCACCACAGUGUGAUAGCUGCCCAGUUCUUUGGACACCAUCACACUGACAGCUUUCGAAUGUUUUACAGCAAUACAGGUUCCCCAAUCAACAGCCUGUUUUUAGCCCCUGGAGUGACUCCCUGGAAAACAACGUUACCUGGUGUACACAAUGGAGCCAACAACCCAGGGAUCCGGGUAUUUGACUAUGAGCAAGACACACUGCAAGUGAAGGAUAUGGUGACUUAUUAUUUAAACCUCACCCAUGCUAACAUGGUGGCCCCAAGAUGGGAGAAAGAGUAUCAGCUGACGGAAGCCUUCCAGGUCCCUGAUGCCUCUGUACACUCCAUGCAUACGGUGUUGGAGAAGAUCUCUAAGGACAAACACUUCCUCCAACAAUACUAUCAGUUUAACUCUGUCAAGUACGACCUCACAGAAUGUGAUGAGACCUGCCAGACUGACCAUGUAUGUGCAAUUAGGGAGGUUGAUUUUAUGAAAUACGAUGAAUGCAUUAAAGUUAGGAGCUUUGGUUCUGCAUCUGCUAUCCCAGCCAAAGCUCUUGCAUUCCUCUGCUUACUCUUGGGACUCCUCAGUUUCUACAGGAGCUCUUGAUGACCCUGACUAGUCCCCAGCUAGUAAGGAAUGGUAUCCUGCCUGAUGUCAGCCUCUCCAGUUCCUAGCUAAAAACCCAGGUAAAGGCAUUCAUGUCCCCACUGUAGUGGUUGCAGAGGUCACUUCAUGAGAUAGCAGGUCAAGUAAAAGGUGAGGCUUGACCUGCUGACAUGUGCAAACCCCAAACUGUCUUUUCUCUAGGAUUUCACCUCCAGAUAGACAACCCAAAAUCAGGGCAUACUUCCUAACGAGGACACAGCUAAAGUGAGUGGUACGAGGUAGCAGCAAGUUAAGCAUGGUUUAUCAGUCAAGCAAGUCGUAUUCAGUUCUUUGCUGUGGGAAUUUGGAUAAGUCUCUUGGGCUAAGAUUUUCCAAUAUCAGUGCCAAAACUUAGGCUAUAUUAGAAGUGGUCUAUUUCCAAAUGCUGGGAACCCAGCAACUCUUACUUAGGUCAGUGCAUGACCAGCGCUCCUGAAAGCACACCAUUUGUUUAAAUUCCUUAGUAUGGAUGGCAGAGCAUGACUUAAGGCACUCAUUUUAAAUUUUUGAUUCUUAGUGACUUGGGUAUUUUUAAGGAAACCUGGGGCACUGCUUCCCCCUCACCCCACACUGAUCCCUGUGUCAGGCAGGAGGGGUGGUCCCCAGCCCAGUCCAGCCCACCCUACCCUCUGCCACAGCUCAGAAGGGCACCAAAGAGCGCCAAAAUACAAGUUUGCCCAGGGUGCCACACACGUGCACAUGAGCAGCCCUUGUCCACAGCACGACUCUCCCCCUGCCCCAUCCUGCCUUAGCCUGGCCACUCCCUGCCCCUGGCAGUAGGAGUGGUGCUCACUCCACCCCACCCGCCCUGCCUCCAGCCACAGUUCAGGAGGAGCUGGGCAGAGCAGUGUGGAUGGCAUGGCCUCAGUCUGGGACCUUUGUUUCCAUUUUCACUAAUCAGUUGGGACAGUGGGAUGGCCCACAAAAUCCAGGACUGCCCUGGUCAAACUGGGAUGUAUGGUCACCCUAUUCAUGACCGACCUCUGCUCUGUGUCCAACCUGACUGCUUACCUUGUAAAGCACCUUGAGACACACAAAUGAACCGCAACAUCCUGUCUGUGGACACCUCCCUUCCUAUUCUGAUCAACUCAUCCCAAUUCCCGUUCUGUCCAACAUUACAAGGAUCACCUCCUGUCCCAUCUGUUAUGUCCCACCUCAGGUUCCCUUCCAUUCACAUGCAUGUAGAUGCUUGCGUUACCUAGG